AUGCGGUCCCCGCUGGCAACCGGAACCGCCCCCAUUCCCGGCUCCAUCUCCCCCAAUUCCCGUCUUUCGCGCGCCCUCCAGGCGCGCUCCCGCGCAAGGCGGAGCGCCGCGGGCGCGGCUUGGCCCCGCCGGGCUCCCGUCGGCCGCUGCCGGGGCGGGGCCUGCGCCGCAGCGAUGGCGGCGCCCGUGGUCCCGGAGAGCGAGAGCAUCCGCAGGGCCGUGUCGCUGCUGAACGCCGUGGCGCCGGGCCGCUUCCCGCGGCUGCUCUGCCGCCUGCUCCAGAGGCUGCACAUCAAGGCUGAAAGCAGCUUCAGUGAAGAGGAGGAAGAAAAACUGCAAGCAGCUUUUUCACUGGAAAAGCAGGAUCUUCACCUAGUUCUUGAAACUAUAUCUUUCAUUUUGGAACAGGCAGUCUAUCAUAAUUUGAAGCCUGCUACGUUGCAACAGCAGCUGCAGAGCAUUCACCUGGAUGAAGAUAAAGCAGAAGCAUUUGCCAAUGCAUGGGCAGCUGCAGGCCAAGAUACAAUUGAAAAGUUCAGACAGAGGGUUUUGACUCCUCAGAAGCUUGAAACAAUUGGAUGGCAGCUUAAUCUUCAAAUGGCUGAGUCCAUGCAAGCAAAGCUAAAAUCUCCUCGAGCUGUGCUGGAGCUGGGCGUGAGCAAUGAAGAUUCAAAGAACUUGAAGAAAGUGUUGGCGGAAUUUAGCCAUCAGGAGCUGUUUGAGUUCUAUAACAAGCUGGAGACUAUACAAGCACAGCUGGAUUCCCUUACGUGAUGUUUUUGAAGACUUAUUUCUCCAUCACACUCCUGCCACCUCAUUAUUUUGAAUUGAAGAUAGAUUGCCAAGCUGUGUUUGCUGAAGGAUUCAGUACUCUGCUUCCUGUAAAAUUAUAUGGCUUAUCUCCUUUUGGACCAGCACCAUUAGCCACGAGAGGGUUUUGUUAAGAGUUCUGAGGGUUUGAAUGGACUUUCUCUUGCUUUUCUGAGCAUUUGUGAAGAAUAGUUAUACUUGCAGAAAGAACAAGAAUGCUGUCCUGCUUCAGAGAUUCCUUUUUUUGUCUUGUUACAUGUGAUAUUUGCUUCCAAUGGAAAUUUGUAUACUAAUGAGGGACCAGGAAUAAAAUUUAUCUCUUAGACAUCAAAGCAAUAUAGAACUUUAGUAUAACAUUAGUAAUAAAAUAUGUAGCUAAUGAAAUCUCUGUCUUUUUGAACUGUUAUUUACAUGAUUGAUAGUGCUUAUUGUAAAUUUGUCAAAUUAAAUUCAGAAUAUAACAUUGAUUGUUUUAGUUUAGAUAAUUUUAAUUAUAUU